UGCUAGCUGUCAUUGUCUCAGUCGUCGUUCAAACGCGGCCAGGAUGUUUGGGCUGAGCGUGUUCUGACGGUCCUGACGGCCACAUUCAUGCAGCCGGAACCCCCGUCAUGAUACCGUAAAUGCUGGGAGCGACCGGAGUAUUCAUGCUCGGUAACAGGUGACCAGUCCGUCUACUCUACCGGAGCAGCCAUGAGCUCGGAGCGGCGGGGCGGCGGAGCCCCGCAGGAGAGGCCCCGGGACACCGGGGGGGAGCCCGACCCGGACCAGGACCCGGACCAGGACCAGGAGGAGGACCCCGCCCGGAAGGCUCCCAGCCCGGACCCGGGCGGGGGCAGCCCCGGGCCGGGCAGCACGGGUCCCAGCAGCAGCAGCAGCAGCUCCUGCAGGGAGAGGAGUCUGUUCUCCUGGCUGACCAGCAGGACCAUCAGGCGGGGACUGUUCGUGGACCCGGCUCGGGACAACUUCAGAACCAUGACCAGCCUGUACUGCUCCAUGAACCCGGCCGCGGAGUCCGUCAACCUCAGCUCGCAGACCCACGGGGCGGUGUUCAACCUGGAGUACUCCCCGGACGGGUCUGUGCUAACUGUGGCCUGUGAGCAGACAGAGGUUCUCCUGUUUGAUCCCAUCUCGUCCAAACACAUCAAAACUCUGACGGAGGCCCACGAGGACUGUGUCAACAACAUAAGGUUUUUGGACAAUCGCUUGUUUGCCACAUGCUCGGAUGACACCACAAUUGCAUUGUGGGACCUCCGUAAACUUAAUUCCAAGGUUUGCUCGUUGCACGGUCACGCCAGCUGGGUGAAGAACAUCGAGUAUGACACAAACACCCGGCUCCUCGUCACAUCCGGCUUUGAUGGCAACGUCAUCACGUGGGACACCAACAGGUUUACGGAGGACGGCUGUCCGCAUAAGAAGUUCUUCCACACUCGCUAUCUGAUGAGGAUGCGUCUGACGCCCGACUGUUCCAAGAUGCUGAUUUCUACGUCUUCAGGGUACCUGCUGAUCCUCCACGACCUGGACCUCACUCAGUCCCUGGAGGUCGGCAGCUACCGCAUGCUGCGAGCGCGGCGGACGCCCCUCACCUCAGAUGGAGGGACGUCAGCGUCCAGGUCAGCAGGCACGCCUCGCCACGGAAACGACUCCAGCAAGAUUCACCCUCACAGAGAAGGCCUUUCUCCCAGGAACAGCCUGGAGGUUUUAACUCCAGACAUCCCCGGGGAGAGGGACAGGGGGAACUGCAUCACCUCCCUGCAGCUCCACCCUAAGGGCUGGGCCACGCUCAUCCGGUGCUCCAGCAACACUGACGAUCAGGAGUGGACGUGUGUGUAUGAGUUCCAGGAGGGCGCGCCCACGCGGCCGCUGGUUUCCCCGCGCUGCUCCCUCCGCCUCACCCACUACAUCGAGGAGGCCAACGUGGGCCGGGGCUACAUCAAGGAGCUGUGCUUCAGCCCGGACGGCCGGCUCAUCUGCUCCCCCUACGGCUACGGCGUGCGCCUGCUGGCCUUCGACGAGGACUGCGGCGAGCUGGCCGACUGCAUUCCCGUCCAGACAAGCUGCCUCAGGGAGAUCCGCUCCAUCUACUCGCACAGCGACGUGGUGCUCACCACCAAGUUCUCCCCGACGCACUGCCAGCUGGCCUCCGGCUGCCUCAGUGGACGCGUGGCCCUCUACCAGCCCAAGUUUUAGCAUCCCUGUCUCAGAACGGAGCCCCGCAGACCUGGGCAGAGACGUGUUUAUCAGGGUUCCUGCAGGACCCGUCUGGAAACAGUAAAAACACAAAGACCCAGGUCUGCAACUCUGUUCCCUUGGGUGCAAGCUAACAGCAGUUGACUGCGGGAAACCGAACUUUCAACCGACCAGGUCACAGCGGUGGAACGGACGACACGUCCGGCCUUCCGGACUCGCAGCAUCAAGUGUUGAUGCAAACAUAAGAGAGGGAGGGUGGAUGGUAAAACUGGACUCCGAACCAGAUAAAGGAGACGUUUUGGACUUGUGAAGUUCACCACCAGGCAACUACAGACUCCCUACACUACAGACUACCAGCUGUCCGUUGCUCUUUUUCAUACUAAAGAUUGUUUUGGUCUCCGUAACCGUAGAAGACGGACCUUUUGAGACUCAACGCAUCCAGAUGUUUGACGUCUCAGAAGGAAAACACUAACGAUGCAAACAGAUAAUUUAUCUGGGACCCGUGAAGACACAAACGGGUUCUCCCAGGUCCUGAUCCUGCGCUCCGUGUUGCUCUGCUGCUUCGCUCUUGCCUUCGCUACCGGUGCUGCUUCUCUGCUCAUACAAUCAUAACUUUGUAAGGACCUCUUCCCUCCAAACCUACCUGCUUGUUUCUGUUCUCCUUCAGUCUCUUCCACUGUUCCUAAAGGUUUCAAUGGUGUAACCAUGU